AUACGCUAUAUAGUUGAUGAUAGUCGACGCAUAUGCUUUUCAUUACUUCUGUUACAUACGGCCUACGUUUUUAGAAUGUUUGAAACGUAACCUCUUCAAAACUUGCAAUGUGGCACUCCUUGAUUUAACAUAUUUUAGCCUACUACUCCAAAAAUAAACUUAUUUAAAUGAAAGCGAUGAUCACGGCGUAGACUUUCGGAGAUAAACGUGUCGGAAUCAAUCAAUGUUAACCUGUCGACAGAUAUGAUUGUACAUACAUAGCGGAUAAAAAAUAAGAAACAAAAAGAUGAGAGUGUCAUUAGUCAUUUUUGGAAUUUUAUCGUUUUUCGAUGUGUACAGAUUUACGAACGCUUGGGAUAAUGACGAGUUGGAGGUGUUCGACGUUGUCGAGGAAGUUAAUCAAAACUUUUACCAAGUCCUCGGUGUUCCACAGGCUGCGAACGCUUCGGAGAUUAAAAAGGCUUUUAGGCGAUUGUCCCUCCAAUUGCACCCAGACAAAAAUCCUGCAGAAGAUGCAGAGCAGCAAUUUAGAAAAUUGGUCGCCGUGUACGAUAUAUUGAAAGAUCCUGGAAAAAGGCAAAGAUACGACAAUGUGCUCAUUAACGGAUUGCCGAAUUGGCGAUCAGCUGUAUAUUACUACCGCCAUGUGCGGAAAAUGGGUCUUGCAGAAUUAAGUAUAAUUUUGUUCUUAGUUAUUACAGUUGGACAAUAUCUAGUAGCUUGGGCUGCAUAUUUUGAGAAGAGAUAUACAUAUGAACAAGUGUUAGGUAGUAAGCUUCAGAAAAUGCAAAAAAAAAAUAAGAAAGGAAAAAUGGAUGUGCCAGAUUUAGCGGAUAUUUUAGAAAAGAUUCCCACUCCAAGCAUCUGGAAUACACUUCCAUUUCAAUUUCCACGUUGGAUAAUAGCUUUUACGUUAUCUGUCCCUAAUCUUGUGUGCGUCAUGCACGACGUUUUAGAAGAGAGAAAACGCAGGAAAAAGCAGGAAGAAGAAGAAGCAUUAGCACAAGAGAUCGGAGAACCAGAACCAGAACCUGUAUCUCGUACUAGAAGACGCAGACCUGGUUUUACUCCACAAGAAAGAAACAUUAACAAUGUUAAAGAAGCUCCAAAGAGGAACUGUGAUCAGACAAACCAUGUGUAUCAGAAGCCUACUGCUUCGGGUGGAGGUCUGUGGACUGACGAUGACAUAUUAGAGUUAAUAAAACUUGUAAAAAAAUACCCAAGCGGUAUAUCAGAGCGAUGGGACAAGAUUGCGAAUGCUAUGAAUCGUACAGUUGCAGAUGUUACGUAUAUGGCAAAGAAGGUGAAAGAUGAAAGGUUGAAACCAUGCGUGUCUACAGAAGAGAUAGCUGUGGAGGAGCGUCCAAAAAAGAUAAAGAUACGCGUUGAAAAUAUAGAUAAUAUUACCGACUGGAGUCAAGAACAACAGAAAGCAUUUGAAACAGCGCUCAUAAAAUAUCCCAAAGGCAUGUCUCUAGAUAGAUGGGAAAAAAUUGCAAAUUGCGUUCAAGGAAAAACAAAGGAUGAAUGCCAAACAAGGUAUAGGCAAUUGGUGGAAUUAGUAAAGAAGAAGCAACAAAUUCAGUAGCCUGCCAUGUACAAGAUGUUCCUUCAACAAAAAGUGUAGUCCGUACAAUCAAGUCCAAAUAUAGUAUUCAAUUUAUAUCUCAUGAAAAUGAAUAUUUCAUGGCUGUUGUACAUUUCAUAUGAGUGAAUUAAAAAUCUCUUAAAAGAUUUCUUAAACAGAAAUGGAGAUUAAAUUACAUUGCGAAUGAUGAAACUUUAUAUACAAACAAAAGAAUAUUGCUCUUACAUGAUAUUAUUAUUAAAUGUUUCUGGAGAAUGUAUUUAUUUAAUAAAUUUAAUAAUUAAUUAAGAGGUAAA